AUGACGUCUAGAAUUUCAACAUCAAGAAUUGUCGGAUUGUCUUGGCAACAAAUUGUUGAAGAAAAUUCAGAAAACGAAGAACAGAAAGAUGAAAAGUUAUCUUCAUGCAAUCCCAAUCUGGAAACACGAAUUCCGUUUGGAAAUGUUUCGAACAAGCUCCCCAGCAAAAGCAGACGAGCUGUAUUUGGAAACAAAAUUAUGAAAUCCUUGAAUCAGGGAGUUAAUUCAAGCUUUGGGGCAAUGCAAGAAAGAGUCUUGAGGCGUGCAACAAGAUCUGACAGACUUAUGAUGAAAAGAAAUGAAGUAAAGAUGUAUUCCCCAUUUGAGAUUGACUCCCCAUCAAUUAGGGCGCCCCCACUGAGACCCAAAAUGGGGAUUGUUGAGAAACAACAUGCAAGAUACUUGUGGAGUAGUCCUGAGAGCAUAAAAGCUGGAAUAUAUAGCAUGACCAAUGACAUGCAAGCUCUGGCAAACCUGAGUGAUGAUUGGUCAACACCGGCAUCCAAUCAGAGAGCUAGAAGAAGUAAUGUUCGAACAACAACAAGAGGCUACAAAAGCCCAAGGAGCAAGAAGCCAUUAUUCAUUUAA